AGUCGUGACUUUACUUUACCGCAAAAGAGUCUUCACAAAGUAAACUUUGUAUGACCGAAGUUUACUUUCAACAUAUUUAAUUUCAGAGACAAUUGCUUGACUUUCCUUAGAAAAGUACGGCCUCAAAGUAAAGUACAGGGAAAGACGUGUGACUGUUACAUUAUACGCAUAAUUUAUGUUUUUGAGAACAUAUAAUUGAAUUAAGUUAUAUUUCCAUAAAAAAUAUAUAUAAUAAUAACAUUAUUAUUUUAUAUCAAAAAUUAAAUGUUUAGAAAAAAAAUCAUUAUGUAGGUGGAACGAAACGAAACAUCGUUGACGACUGACGUUCUUGUUUUUUCUCGACUUUGAAGUUUGACGUUCUUUGCUGCAAAGAGUACAAAGAGUAGAGUAAUACAUACGGAAAAAAGAGUAUAAUGUAUAAUAGGUUUGCUGCUUGCACAAAUAAGUUUAUUAUUACUUACAUCCUGUGCUUACAUCUUUAAUUUACUUUCGACCUACGCAUUACUUUUGGACUCCCGAUACCUGCUCACCUGAUAACUUGAUUACUUUCGACCUACGCAUUACUUUUGGACUCCCGAUACCUGCUCACCUCUUGUUUACUUUCGACCUACGCAUUAAUUUUGGACUCCCGAUAUCUGCUCAACUUGUUGCUUUCUUGCUGCUCGAUAUGCAAAACGUUGAAAGGAUUGACCAACUUUUCGAUCGAAUUGAAAAUAUUGGAGCUGCGGUAGACGCUGCUGAUAAUCGUGCACGAAGACUCGCCAAACCCCGAGUGUAUUUUAGAAAUAUGUUCAAUCAAGAUCCCUUUGAUUACUAUGGAGCUGAUGAGUUCAAGGGCAGAUAUAGGUUCACCAAGCACACCGUGGAAAAUGUUAUCUUACCUCAAAUUGAAGGAGACAUCCACUCGUCUGUUGGCAACAGAGGACUUCCACUAACAGCUAGAAUAAAAUUAUUGAUAGCUUUACGAUUUUAUGCUACUGGGAGCUUCCAGACUGUGUGUGGAGAUAUUAUAAGCAUAAGCCAGCCUACGGUUUGUAGGGUUAUAGCCCAAGUAUCUUUGGCAUUAGCUAAACAGUUACCAAGAUACAUACACUUCCCAAAUAAUACAGAACAACAACAAAAUAUAAAAAAUCAAUUUGAACAACUAGGCAGAAGUCCUACCCGUCGUGGAUUGAAUAAUAUUAUCGGGGCAAUCGACUGCACCCAUAUAAAAAUUAAUAGACCUAGAAAUGUCAAUCACUCGGAGGCCUAUAGGAACAGGAAAGGUAUAUUUUCUAUUAACACUCAAGUGAUAACAGGCCCAAAUAUGGAGAUUUUUGAUAUUGUAGUACGAUGGCCAGGGAGCUCCCAUGACAGUAGAAUUUUUAGAAAUUCCCGUGCCUUCAGACAAUUUUCCAGAGGUGAGAUAAAUGGCAUUAUUGUUGGUGACAGUGGAUACCCUUCCUUGACAUUUAUGCUAACACCACUUCUGCAAGCAACUACUAGAGCAGAAAUUAAUUACAAUUAUGCUCAAGUAAGGACCAGAAACAUAAUUGAAAGGUUUUUUGGUGUAUGGAAAAGGAAGUUUCCAUGUCUACAACUGGGGCUCCGCACCAAGCUGAGGACUUCAACAAAUAUAAUCAUAGCCUGCGCUGUUCUUCAUAACAUUGGUAUUGCCUAUGGGGACAAUUAUGAGGAAAAUCAAAAUCUGAUUCCACCACAGCAAAUGGAAAUAAGACCAGUGAUCCCUUCUUCUGCUCAAGGUCUCGCCAUGAGGCAAGCUGUUAUAGCUCAAUUUAAUUAGUUUAAAAAACAAAGAGAUUGUGUAUUGA